UAUUAUUUUGGUUGAUUUUAGUUGAUUUAUCUUUUCAAUCCAGGUGGAAGGGAAGUGUUAUUUCAGGCAGGUCCUGAACAUCCUUGGCUGAUCAAGACAUAUUCAGAGGUAGCCCCACACCCCUGUGCACAAGCUCUGGGCCAAGAUGUCUUUCAGAGUGGAAUCAUACCUAGUGACACUGAUUUCAGGAUUUACAGGGACUUUGGCUAAGUACCAGGAAUGGACCUUCCCUAUAUUGCCAAUGGUUAUGUUUAUCACACAAAUUAUGAUACACCAGCUGCUGUUACUCCAGGCUCUAUUCAGCGUGCUGGUGAUAACAUACUGGCUUUGGUCAAGAGCAUAGCUAAUUCACCAUUUCUGGCUGACCCUGGAGAGUAUUGUCAUGGUUCCAUGGUGUUUUUUGACUUUCUGGGAAUUUUUGUGGUACAUUACCCUGAAAGAAUUGGUUUGGUGAUAAAUCUGACAUCAGCUUUUGUGGCAGUUCUUUGUCUUAUGAAAAAAUUCCUUCAUUUUCCAGCAAAGAGAACCAUCUUUGAAGAGGGCAAAGUAUUAAGACUCACAUCUGGUGUAGGAGACCUUAUCAUCUCUCUGUUCAUCCUAUUACUCUCAUGGAUAGUUGGAACAUCAUUUUCUGUGGCUGUAGGUGUCCUUCUGACGUACUCAGGUCACUCACUAACUUGGUACUGCCGACCUUACCUCCUCUUGGCAUUAUACACAGCACCAUCUCUACUGGGCAUUGGUUUGGUUCAUUUUCUCAUUAAGAAGUCUAUUGUGGCAAAGGAAAAAGCUGUGUCAGAGAAGAAAGAAGACAACAUUCCUCUCAAGGAAAGGAUAUCUAACCAACUUGUGAAGAAAGAAGUAGAAACAUUUUAUGCUGCUUUCCUUGUCUGGACAAUAGUCAUGUUGAUAAUGUCAUAUUAUCGCCUGGCUUCAGCACAUUUACCAUUGCUCUUCAUCAUCUUUCCACUGAUUAUACGAGUUGUUAUAUGGGACAAUGUAUUAACUGCAAAGACAAGUCAUGAAAAUGUUGGAGCGUUUUUGUUUAUGUAUCUCUUAGCUACACUAGUACCUGUUCAGUUCUGUAUGUAUUUGACAUUUGCUAUGUUUGACGUCUUUAUGCCUAUUAUGGGUCGAGCUGGAACACAAACACCCCCAGAUGUCUUUAUAAGUGUCCUGUGUGCCUUUGGAGUUGUGCUGUUGACUUCUUAUAUGGUUAGCACUGUGUAUGUUCUGGGAAACCUCAAGCUUCCAGCCAUAUUUCUUCUGUUUGUUACCACUGUAGGAAUGGUUAUAUCGCUCUCAGGACUGUCAUUUCCUUACUCAGCCAUCAAUCAGUGCCUUAAAAGGGUGUUCUUUCAGCACACAUCAAGAACAUUUUACAAUAAUGCUGGUGAAGUGGUUCAACAAGAUGCAGGUGCCUGGAUCACUCCACUAGACUAUCUUGGCAUACAGCCAUUCAGUGAUAUACCCAUGUUUAAAAAGGCUUUGCCUGCACCUCAGGACGGAGUUUAUGGAGGUUUUCCUUAUUACUUGCCAUUGAGGCAUCUUGUGCGAAAAUCUUGGUAUCUCCCUGGUCCUCCACCUCAAGUCAAAACAUCUCCAAUGGAAGUGAAAUUGCUACAUAGGAAGAAACAGGAUCAAGUUUACUCAUUUAAAUUCUCAAUAUCAGGUCCUGAUCACAUGGCUGUAUAUGUAUCACCUGCUAGUGACGUAGAUUUGCUGACCUCUUCCCUUGGUCCCCUUUUACCAAUUCAAGAUGGUGGAGACAGAGUUGUGUACUUUAUUUACUAUUCUCAUGGUACUGAUGUGGGGCCCUGGGAACUAUCGCUUGAGCUUCUGCCAAAAAGACACCUCCCGGCCAAGAGCAAUUUGUUGGACUUUGCUGUGGCAGCUCAUUAUAUUCACGGUAAAGAGUCAUCUUCACCUUUCCUCAAAGAAGUCAUUCAAGCUAUUCCAGACUGGAUUUUUGCUAAUGAUUGGGUGGACACAUACAAGAGCUGGUCUUACACUACAUAAUUCCCUGUAUUGCAAGAAUGCAUCAGUCCAAGACCUUCUAAACACUACUAUGAAAUACUGAAAAACAAAAAUUUCAAGCCAGGAAUUUGAAGAAUUGCACCAGUUUGAAACAGUUCACAGGUUGAAAAUUAUCAUGAAGAUUUUUACAUUUUAGGGUGGAUGACCUCAAAAUUAUUUAUCAGGAUUAUAAGAAAAUUUGACAGGAAAAAAAUGGAUGUGAAAUAACACAUCAUCAGAAGAAGUCAGGCUGGUCAUACAUGAAUCCAAAAAAUUUUUAAAAUCACCUUAAUUAAUUUAUAACGAUUUUAUCUGGAAAUUAAGUUCCAAAUAAAACUAAGGAAUCAAGAAACAAAGUAAAGGAUUGUUUGCUAGCCUGUAGUCUGUCAGCAGACCCUCAGUAUAAUGAUCCCCUUUAAUGCCCAAGAGUGCCAUAUGGGACAAAGCAUGUUGAGGGCAUAAAAGCAUAGCCCCCUCCAAUAUAACACUUGAUAUACCACCCUUCAACUUUUUGUCUUUUUACUGUAUUGGUCUAUAUCUCACAACAAACAAUGCUCUAGGAGCUACAAUUUAAGCUAUAGUUUAUUUAACA